UUAACCAAUUGUCUAACAAUUUACUAAUUGUGUUUUCAUUUCAAUCAAAAUCACCUUACAAUCAAAGUUAAAAUUUGACUGACAACAAAAGUUUACAAUUGAUUUAAUUGCUGUGACAAUUUGCUCCAAGAAAAACAAAAUCAGAUGGAUCUCAAGAAAGGAAAAGUUCAGAAAAAGAAAUCACUCUGGUUAACCAAACGUUUCUGGUUAAUUGUUGCUGUUGUUUUCACUUUAACCAUGUUGUCAAUUGCUCUCAUCUUUACAUUGGCUCUUCCAUUGAGUUCACUUGCUGACAAAACGUGUGACAAUUUCGCCUCCGAAGGGCCUUAUUGCUUAGCCCAGGGUAAAAAUGAUAUCAAACGUGUCUACUCAACAAGGACAACAUUUAAUCAAUCAAUCAAAUUGCUUAAAUCUAAAAGUGAUUCAGUUAAAUUACCAGAGAAAUGUGAACCAGUUAUGUUGUAUAUUUUCAGUAGACACUCAAUCAGGUAUCCAAAGAGUGAUGAUAUUAUGGAAAUGGGCCAAUUGUUGCCCCAAUUACAACAGGAAUUAACUGAGGCCUUUAACAAAGGUUCAAGUGAAUUGUGUGAACAAGAUUAUCAAGCAAUUAAGCAAUGGAAACUUGAAAUGGUUCCUGAAAACGACAAUCAUGUCACACCAAGCGGAGUAAAAGCCACAAAGAAAAUAGCUAAGCUCUUCUACUCUCAAUAUCCUGAUCUAUUCGACCCAAAUAAGGUCAAUUUCCAGGUCGGUGUUACCUCCAAAGUUCGUACAAAUGAAACCGCUCAUGCUUUUGUUGAAGGUUUGGUUGAUAUUAAACCAGAAAUUAACAUAAAGGAGAGUGAUUAUGUUGUUCGUGAUUACCUUCAAUUCCAUUCAAUUUGUAAGAAAAAGAUUGGAGUUAAAUUACCCAAACCUAAACAACUCAAGGAAAUAACUGAAUCUAAAUUAUUUUCAAAAUUACGACAACGAGUUAGUAAACGAUUAGGUUUCAAUCGGACUAUUUCAGAUGAUGAAUUAAACAUCAUGUACACUUCAUGCAGCUUCGAACAAGCGAUUUUCGAUAAAGCUCCUUGGUGUAACGUAUUCACUAAAAGGGAAUUGAAAGUAUUGGAAUCACGAGAAGAUAUUGAACAUUAUUACAAAAAUGGACCUGGUUUCAAAUUGAAUCGUAAAAUGGCCUGUCCGUUGAUCGCCGAUCUAUAUGAGUCAGUCGAGAGAGCGAUCAAUAUACCUGAAAAUAGGACCACUUACCUUUACUUUUCUCAUGCAGGAGCGAUGUCCAGGUUAUGGUCAACAUUAGAUAUUUUCGAUAAACUUUCAUUAAAUGAGAACUUUUGUCCCGAUGGUAAACGCGAAUGGCAAACAUCAUUAAUCCUUCCGUUCAACGUUAAUUUUGAUGUGGUGCUUUAUCGAUGCUCAGAGGAUCAUGAAACUACCGAUCCAUCUGAUUAUAAAUUGUUAACAAUGAUCAACGGUGUUCCAAUUGAAAUCGACCAAUGUGAUGAUCCCUUUUGUAGUGCGACCAAAUUUCUGAAAGAAUACAAAUCGAUGGCUCGAACUUGUGAUCUUGACGAACUUUGUAAACUUCCAGGUCGUUCAUCUGAUGGCAACAAUACGGAAAAAUCUCCCGUUUCCGAUGAUGAUUAAGAAUUUAAAAAGUUACAAUCAAUCAUAAAUUGCGAUUUACGAGCAAAAAAACACAACAAAACCUCAUCUAAUUCAAUUAAUUUAACCUCUUGCUCCAAUUAACUUUCUGACCCAUUCAACUUUCAAACGCCUUUGAAAAUUGUGGACAAUGUAAUUAUAUUAUUUUAUUAAUCUAAUUUAAAAAAACUAAUUGAUUACUCUAGAUCAUGAUAAUAAAGAAAACCAACAAUCUAGACAA